CCUCCAGAUUUCAGAAUCCCACCCAACAUCCUCCCCCACCCUCCAGCAAGUUCCUUCUCUAUCUUCCUCACAUCCUCCCCCACCCUCCCUGCUCGAGAUGGACCCCGCCGUGGAGCGCCUCAAGACCGGCUUCGAGAAGUUCAAGACCGAGGUCUACGACCAGAAGCCGGAUCUCUUCGAGCCCCUCAAGGCCCACCAGUCACCCAAGUACAUGGUGUUCGCGUGCGCUGACUCACGCGUGUGCCCGUCCGUGACCCUGGGUCUGGAGCCUGGCGAGGCCUUCACGGUCCGCAACAUCGCUGCCAUGGUCCCGUGCUACUGCAAGAACAAGCACACUGGUGUCGGGUCGGCCAUCGAGUACGCCGUCUGCGCCCUCAAGGUUGAGGUCAUCGUGGUGAUCGGCCACAGCCGCUGUGGCGGGAUCAAGGCCCUGCUCAACCUCAAGGAUGGCGCCGACGACACCUUCCACUUCGUCGAGGACUGGGUGAGGAUCGGGUUCCCAGCCAGGAAGAAGGUCAAGGAUGAGUGCUCAGAAAUGUCUCCCGAGGAGCAGUGCGGCGUCUUGGAAAAGGAGGCCGUCAACGUGUCCCUCCAGAAUCUGAGCACCUACCCGUUCGUCAAGGAGGCUGUGGCCAACGGAACCCUCAAGCUGGUCGGCGGCCACUACGACUUUGUCUCCGGCAAGUUCGACACAUGGGCGCUGUAAAUAAUCUCGCAACCCAUCGCUCAUCUCCUACAUAUAUCAUAUCAAAUAUACCGUGGGACCGAUGAUCCAUCGUUGUGAACGCCAUGGAGCAUUCACCUGCUCGUUAUUUUCCAGCAGUAGUGAACGCCGGAUGGCUAGAUGUCAAUUCUGUAAUAAGGGAUCAAAUCUUCCGUGGCGGAAUUAUUGUAAAAAUUAUUACUGUGGGAUGCAUAAUUUGAUCGCCAUGUGAUCAAAAGAUAUUAGAUGCAAUUUCAUUAAUAUUUUCAUCAAUUAUUUACCUUCUUAC